UUUUUCCUUCUCUUCCUUCAUCUUCUUUCUUCUUCCUCUCAAUUUCUCUACUUUUUUAGAAAUAUAAAAUCUCUCUCUCUCUCUCUCUCUCUCUCUCUCUCUCUUAUCAUUGAAAAUGGCUUCCAUUUUCUCUCUCUACAUUCCCAUUUUCAUGGCCUACACAGCUUCCUUUUUCCCUUUCGCUUUCGCUUCUUAUCCCAAUUACUUCCCUACCCACCGGUACCUCAUGACUUCUUCCAUCUCCGCCGCCCCCGAAUUUUCCCCGGCACCGGCGCCGUCGUCAGACAUUUCUCCACUCUUUCCCACUCCCGGCGACGCUACCCUUCCGCCCUCCUCCUUGCCUACCAUACCCUCCAGUCCCAGCCCUCCGAACCCUGAUUUUAUGGACGUUGCGCCGGCGCCGGAGAUGCCUCUUUCGCCGACUUGGUCCAUGCCAUUCUCUGCCGCUGCUGCUCUUAACUCCGGUGGGUGGUGUUGUUCGGUUUUUCUAGCUCUUAUGACGGCUCUCGCUGCAGAGCUCCACCGGUGACGGGUGAGCCGCCGUUGCUCGGAUUUUAGUGGACAUUGGAGUGUAGUUAUGUUUUAUUGAUUUGAGUAAUUCUCGUCUUUUACUUUUGUGUUUUCUUGUUACUAUAUAUAUAUAUACACAUAUUUAUUUAA